AUGUCAUCUGCGGUCUUACACUAUUUCGGCUUUGGCAGCGACGCCCCAAAGCCAGAGGUCAAACAACAGCCCAUCCGUGCCCUCCCAGCGUCCUGGUACACAUCCCCAGAGAUGUACGAGCUAGAGCGCCGCGCUAUCUUCAGCAGACGCUGGCUCUUCAUGACCCAUAGUUCGCGUCUCAAGGAGGUGGGCGACUGGCUCCGAUGUGAACUGGCAGGGUUUGACAUCAUUAUUAUUCGAGACCGACAAGGUAGUAUCAACGCCUUCCACAACAUAUGCCGCCACCGCGCCUAUCCCGUCGUCGAGAACGAGGGUUCCGGAAAUGCAAAGAUCCUGGCCUGCCGAUACCACGGCUGGUCGUAUGGACUCAACGGCAAGCUCGCCAAGGCAACGGGCUACCAGGGCCUUGACUUUGAUAAGGAGAGUAAUGGCCUCCUGCCGAUUCAUACCAAGGUCGACGUUAACGGAUUCGUAUGGGUGAACCUCGACGCAAAGGAGAUCCCAGAGGUUCCCUGGGAAGAGCACUUUGAGGGCGUUGACACACAAGAGCGAUACCGGACUCUGGGCUUGAAUUUCAACGACUACGACCUGGACCAUUCCUAUGAACUUGAAGGACACUACAACUGGAAGAUUCUUGCGGAUAAUUUCAACGAGUGCUACCACUGCCCAACUACGCAUUCUGAUAUCCCUAACUUUCUCAACUUGGACUCCUUCGACAGUGAUACGAAAGACGGGCACAUCCAGCACCACUGUGACCCAAAUGAAGAGCAGAUCAGGAAAGGUCUCUUCACCGCUAGCACGUACUAUUUCCCCAUGUCUGCUAUGGUUAUCUCACCCCAUUUCAUAAUGGUCCAGAAGUUCCUCCCCCACGGCCCUGGUAGCAGCAAGAUGGCCUACGAAAUAUAUCGGAACCGCCAUUCAUCUGAAUCCGACUUCAAGCUAAUCAGCGACAUGUACGCACGGGUGAUGCGCGAAGACAAAGUCCUCUGCGUCAACGCACAGCGCAACCUCGAGCGCGGCGUAUUUACCUCGGGCCAACUACACCCGAAGUUCGAGAAGGCGCCGCUGUUCUUCCAGAGUACGGUGCGGGAUGUUGUUAUCGAGCACUUUGAGAGAGAAAAGAAUGCGGGCAAGGAGAUUUGGCCGGCUAAACAUCGGCUUACGACCAAGGAUGUCGAGAAGAGUGAUAAGGAUGAGGAGAUCUGUGCGGCAUUGGCUUGUGGAAAGACGGCAGAGGCUUUGGUUUGGUAA